AUGAGACUCAUCAACAAGACUGUCGAGAAAGAUGCAACGGGUCAUGUCACUCUAUAUCCCGAAGAGCUGGAAGAUAUGUGGCACGUUUACAACCUGAUCUCCAAGGAGGAUCAGAUCAAGGCUACCACCUUUAGACGACUUCAAUCCGAGAGCUCUACUGGAUCCACAACCAGCCAACGCACACGCAUGGUCCUCACUAUCACUGUUGAAUCCGUGGAUUUUGAUCCUCAAGUUGGUCUUUUGCGUAUCAAUGGUCGUGUUACAUCCGAGAACCCCUAUGUUAAGUUGGGUAGCUAUCACACGAUCGACCUCGAGUUGAACCGCAAUUUUACAUUGUAUAAGCCUGAAUGGGAUAUCAUUGCUCUGGAGCGUGUGGAUGAAGCAUGUGAUAUUGCUAAACAAGCAGACGUUGCCGCCAUUGUUUGUCAAGAAGGUUUAGCCAAUGUUUGUUUCCUUACCGAGCACAUGACGGUUGUCAAGCAAAGGAUAGAAACACCCAUCCCAAGGAAGCGAAAGGGGUCUGUGACGAACCAUGAAAAGGGUCUGGAGAAGUUUUAUGACCAAAUUUAUCAGGCCAUUUUGCGUCUUUUUGAUUUCAAUAUUCUCAAGGCAGUUAUCAUUGCUAGCCCUGGCUUCGUAAGGGAGCAAGUAUACCAAUAUAUCUCUGAUCAAGCUGUGAAAACAGAGAACAAGACAAUCCUUGAAAAUCGGUCCAAGUUUGUGCUCGUCCAUAGCUCCAGCGGCCAUAAGCAUUCACUGAAUGAGGUUAUGCAAGAUCCUUCCAUCCAAAAUAAGCUUGCUGAUACCAAGGCAGCCCGUGAAGUACAAGCUCUUGAUGAGUUCUAUGCAAUGAUGAAUGCGGAUCCUGAUCGUGCCUUUUACGGGUACUCUCAUGUGGCCAAGGCAAAUGAGCAUGGUGCUAUUGGUACCUUGUUGGUGACGGAUGAAUUGUUCCGGUCAGCGGAUAUUGCAACGAGACGCAAGUAUGUGGAUUUGGUUGAAUCGGUCCGAUCCAUGGGAGGCACUGUUCGUGUAUUUUCAAGUAUGCACGUAUCUGGUGAACAAUUGAACUUGCUCAGUGGUGUCGCUGCUAUCCUCACAUUCCCAUUCCCUGGUAUUGAUGAUGGCGAGGAGGAGGAUGAGGAAGGAGAAGGAGACAACAAUGAGCAGUAG